AUGGCCAUGGGUUGGUCGGGACUUACCUCAGACGUCUUGUCGUUGGUUUACAAUCGCUUGAGCUUCGCAGAUUUUGCUCGAGCCAAGACCGUUUGCUCAUCGUGGUACUCUGUUUCGAGAUCAUCCUCGCCUAGAAAAAUCAAUGUACCGUGGUUGAUUUUCAAACAAGACAGGAACUGGAAGCUGUUUGAUCCGGAAGAAGGUAAGUUUUACACAACGCAGAUUAGCCGCUUAGGUUUUGCAGACUGUAGUAGCGUAGCGACUUGUGGGAACUGGGUCUUGGUCACAGACAAUAUAUAUUUAUACAUGGUAAACCCCUUCACGUUAGAGAUUAUCAUUGACCUCCCACCUCUGAAACCAUACGGGAAAUUUAAGAUACUCGACAACUGUCCGAUCCACUUUAAUUACGGCCUUGCAUCAAGACAGUCGGCAGAAGUGAAGAGUGCGGUUUUGUGGGUAGACGAAAGAACCAAAGACUACUUAGUUGUGUGGUGGUCUAGGGGUAGUGACUGCAUACGCUUUUGCGUGAAAGGAGACGAGGAGUGGACUAUAACACCCGGUGAUUAUCGGUAUGUGGAUCAUAUGGUCUACAAAGACAAGAAGGUUUACAUACUUACGGCCUAUGGUCGUGGAAUCAGGAUCUUGGACUUUUCUCAAGACUUUCCAAGAGAGGUCUUCAAUCAUCCAUACCUCAAUCGAGGUUUCAGGUUCGGGAGUUGGGACGAUAGGCCGAAAAUGAGACUAACCACGUCCGGAGAUGUUCUGAUGAUCUGCCGCGUGCCUCAAUCUCAUAAAAAAUUCCAGUUAAAAGUCUACAAGAUGAAUAGCACUAAUGAGGAUUGGGAGAUUGUAAAUUCCUUGGAUGAGGUGGAGGCGCUGGCUUGGGAUUUCUGUGACUAUUAUUGGGAUUGCUGUGACUACUUUUGGGAUUAUGAAUCGUCUUUUCUGAAAGCCAGUACUUAUGAGAUUCUUACGCAGAAGAUUCAACGUUUAAGAGACAUGGUUGGAGUUAGCGAUGAACGGUGGUUCCUUCCUUGUUUUUAG